AUGGCUUCCACAUCUGCGUCUCGUCUGCCUCCCGAGCUCCAUCACAUCAUCAUCGACAAUCUCAGACACCCCUCUAUCGACCAACCCGGGUUAGAGCUCACCACCCUCGAACUCACUCGCUGCCGCCUCUGCCUCCGCACCCUCGCUACAUCCGCCCGUGUCUCACACUGGUGGGCAGCAGGCGCACGCAAGCACCUCUUCCGCACGCUUCAUAUCAUAGACCUCUCUUCGUUCUCAACCCUCCUUUUGCUUCUCGAUGCCAACCCUGCACUCUCAGACGCCGUGCGCGUGGUGCAAAUUGUCCCGGAGCAGUGUGUCGGACCGGAGGCAUCAAGAUGGAAAAACAUACAAGCGGCCGCGGCAGACGUGCUCCUUCCACGGUUCUCCAAGCUCCAGGAAUGGUGGAUCUCGGGCAUGUCGCAUUUAAACGACGAUAACCCAGACAUACACGAGGUCUUUUCGUCACACGGCUUUGACAAGGUCGAUUCCACAAGCAUCAGCACGCUUUGUGUCCACAAAUUCUGGUUCCCCGACAUCACCCAGUUUGCGAAUAUGCUUCGCUCGCUCCCCGCGCUCCGCCGGUUGACAUGCGACGAUGUGUGGUAUACGGAGGAUUCCUCCCUCCCAGGCGGGACGUGUGUUUUGCCACUUGAGGUCCUGGAGGCAAGCAUCGUUAUUCAGCUUGCAGUGGUUCCAAGCCGCUCAUCCGUGGACUGGCUUACGCAGGUGCAGCGAUUCAGCGGCGUCGUCACGAAGUUCUUGCUUGAUGCUAGCGCCGAUACGCUUCACACCCUGGUAUUAGACAUUGGCGAGUACCCACACAGCGAGGCUGCUCUCCACCUGGUAACCACCAGGUUCGCGCAGCUCAACUCCGUUACAAUUCGGGUCGGCUUCAACAGGUGGUUCAGGUCACUCGAGCAUAUGCUGGACUCUUUCCUUGACGCCGCAGAAUGCAGCAUCCUGCGCGCUGCUACACUCAAGACGGUCAAGGUGGAUUGGAUUGGCACGCCACUGUUUCUUACGGUUAGAGACGGUAUUUCUUUCAGGAUCGUGUUCGCCAAUGACCUUCAACGGGUGGAGCGUGCCCUCAGUACCGUUUGCCUGCAUACAGCCGUUGAGAUGGUCUUUGGGGACGUCACGUCGCAAGCGCUUCAGGACGAAGGCCGUCUGUCACUUCCUCUGGUUUUCCCUGAGCUGCAUCGGUCCGAGAACUUCCACUUCUUCUUUCCCUAUGCUCAAGCUGCAUACACUAGCCACUUCAACGAGAUCGCUCGGAUCGCCAUAUCUGCGCACGGCAAAUACGUCGCUACUGCGGCCGCCAAGGGACCCGAUCCCCAAGUCGUGGUGUGGGAUGUCCACACCGGCCACCCGAUCGCGCAUUGGGGACCUUGGACCCACGACAACACCCCCAAUCAGUCCCUACAAUCCACAAUAUUGACAUUCUCACCCACGAACGACGACUACCUGGCGAUUCUGGAUCGCUUCCACCAGCCAGCGGUCUGGGAUCUCGGCGCCCGAUCCAGUUUGAAUAGCAUAUUCAACAGGGACCUCCCUGGCUCUCUCGGCGACAUGGUUGUCUCGAGUCCAACGCCUCUAGAUCGAGACAACCACCGGCAGCUGAACGAAUUCUACGCCAUCUUCUGGACCGGGGAUGGUACCACCCUCCUACUUUUCGACAGGGAGCUCGCCGCCAUCAUCUAUGCCUACCCUCGUGACUUCUACACGCUGUACGAGGAAGUGGCCACACCAGACAUCUACUUCGAGAAGGCAGGGGGCUACUACUCGCACCGCGUCGCGACGUCCCCAGAUGGAGGCUGGCUCGCCGUUCCCGCGGGCGCGCCCCCUUCUGUGGGGGGCGGUCUGUGCAUGCUGUUCGACCCGCACGCGCCGGACGCGCACUCACUGGCGUGCGCACACGAGGACGCACACGUGCGCACCGCCCCGGGCGAAGAGCGGUGGGACCCCAGCUCGCGCGCGAUCGGCCCCCGCGCGCGGCGUGGAGCGGACGGAGGGGACGGGUUCGUGUGCGUGGACGCGCGCGGCGCGCUCUUCGCGCACGAGCCCGCGCGCACCCGGGUGGCGGCGCUGCUGCAGCACCUCCCGCGUCCCGGCGAAGGGUCCGAACACCUCCGGUCGGCGCCCCCGCAGGCGGAGUGGAGGAUCGGGCGCGCCCAGUUCGUGACGCGGACCACCGGGGACGCACAGACGAUGCGCAUUUGCUGGACUUGGGAGACGCGGAUUGACGCGGAGGACGCCGACACGACGGAUGACGACGUGGGCCUUUCGCUGUUUGUGUACGUCGCCGACGUCGCGGAAAAUCGCGACGAGGAGCCUGGCCUUCGCUGCGCCAUUCGCCACGCGCCGGCUGACAUGGGACCGGGCGCGGCUCGCGACGCGAAGCCGUUUUUCGUCGCGAGCCGCGACGGGCGGUACAUUGCGACUGCCGUGCCGAGAGACUGCUCGGUGAAGCUCUGGUGCACAGACGACGGAGGGUGCAUCGCCGAGCAUAUCAACUUCGACGAGAUGCCGUCGACCUGCGCCUUCUCAGACGACGGGGAGCUGCUUGUGGUUGGAGCGCUGGAGGGCGGAAUACGGAUUCACCAAGUGCGGGGGAUGGUGAACGGAAGCGUGAAUCUGGGUCCUUCAUAUACCUCCUACGGACAUACCCACUCAGCGUAG